GCGUUCGCUGCUAGCCAGUUCGAAGGGGGACAUUGAAGGGGGAACGCGAAAGAAGCAACGAUGGCGGGCGCAGCGGAGGAAGAGAGGAAAUUCAAAGAAAUGUUUAGGAUCUUGGACACAAGAGUUGUCGGCUACAUUCCCUGUGACGCUCUUCAAGGGGUGCUGUCCCCCAUGAAGAACGAAGUUGGUCUGAAAGAGGAGGAGAUUAAAGAAAUGAUCUUUGAAGAAAUCGACAAGAAUAAAGAUCAGAGGAUAACAUUCAACGAAUUUCUGAAAUUCAUGACGACAGAAGACGAAGAGGAAAAGCCAGAGGAAGCAACAUAACGUCACAGCGGAAACAUGGAUGUGGAUUUUCUUCCUCCGACCACGUCACGUGGUCUGAGUUUGUGGUUCCUAACCGUAGGACAUUAACCCCCCAUCACUUGUGUCAUGAUUAACCCUAACACUGCCAUAUAUUGCCAUACUAACGUCACUGUGCUUCGGGUGGACUCUAUUAACACUAUUUCGACGGAUCUUAACCAGCAUCUUGAGUCGAGCCUUUGUGGUGAUGUCAGCGGGAUCGUGCAAUAACAAUAAUAUAUUAACAUAUUUAUUUUGAAUGUUAAUAACAACCAUAAUUGUUGUAAAUAACAAAGUAUUCACCACUGCCAAAGCACUUUCGUUUACUCCAAGAACAUGGCUCAUGGUCCUUUGAAGCCAUGGUAACAGACAGUUAAUCCCCCUUCAAGGAAAUUCCAGCUUUGGAACGGUCGAUUUUCUCCGCCUUCAGCAGACCAACAGUCCAUUUUUUACGUCGAAUUCUGUUUGGAUGUUCCAUGACCUUUCCAUUUCAUUUUACAUGCGUCAUGACCUUUUGAGUUUGAUUACUGAUUUGUGCAUGGUGUUCAAAACAUAAGUAUAUAUCGAAAACCAAAUUGACAUAUCAGAUAUUGAUGUGAGAAUGAAUUAUAUACUGACGUCGCUACAGUUUCUCGAAUUUCCCGUCACUCACUUGACUCCAAAUCUUUAAGGAUAUAAUUCAUUCUCAUAGGAGAGUAUAUAUCUCAUUUAUACUUUGGUUUUGGAGUAGUGUCAAUUUAAUUUAUUUGAGCUGUAGAAUAACAAUAAACGAGUUAAUUUAUAA